AAAAUCUAAAGCUGUUGAUUGGUUUAAGCAAGCGCUGGCAACUUAUGAUAAAGAUGCUAGAUUGAACGAGCAGCUUUAUAGUUUACCCAUAACUGAGCUAUAUAGCAGCUAUGCCAAAGAAUUAGCUGCGCUGGGCAAUUAUGCAGAAGCUUUGCAGGUUUUAAAUAAAGCUGCAGAUACAAAUCCCACACUCUGGCUAAGACGACGUAGUGUAGAAGAAUGGCUGGAAAUUGGCAAACAAGUUUCACAGAGCUACGCUGCUCCAACGCCCAUUGAAAUGGGUUGUCGAGCUUUAUUUGCAGCCAAAACCAACAUGAAUUGCUUUUACCUGAGCAAUAACUCACAUUUUCUAUGGCUAGCACCACUAAAAGUAGAACAACUUAGCCUGGAACCAUAUCUAGCGCUAUUUCAUGAUGUCAUCUAUGCAACAGAAAUGAAUGAAAUGACUUACAUUUAUUACUUAAACUCUCAUGCGCAACUGAGUUCAAGCCAAAAAUCUAUUAAGGUGCAAAAAAAUGCAAGCGAUAUGCUUAACUAUCGCAUUAAGGAUAUGACUGGUUUGAGUAUUGAGCAGGAUACAGCAUUUGAAUUAAUUUCUCAUAAAGUAGCUGAACAUAAUCUUAGACACUCGGACUCACAGCCAGCAGCUGAACAAGCGCCAAAGCUUGGCGAUCGUUUGGCAACCAUUAUGUUUUUUUUAAAUGAAGUACCGCAAGGUGGCGCCACUAUGUUUCCUGCGCUAGAAUUGACUGUACAAGCCAAAAAAGGCGCCGCUUUAGUUUGGCAUAAUUUGAAUAACAAACUUAAAACUGAUAACAGAGUUGAUCAUUUGUUUUGCUCAGUGCUGGUGGGCUACAAAUUAACGCUGCUAAAGUAUCUACACGAACAACCACAAAUGCUUAAGCGGCCUUGCCUAAGAGUCUAAAAAUCUUUGCAUUAAGUUUGUAAAAAAAUUAAAUAGCAAACUUACUUAAUGUGC